AUGGCUGAGUUCUUGCUCCCUGGUACCAACAACUUCCGAAGGUUCACUCAGGAAUCCUUGGCAGCCAUCAAAAAGAGAAUUGCUGCCAAAAAGAAUUGUCGAAGAAAUACCAUAGAGCAGAAACCUAAGGAGAAACCACGGCCUCAGCUUGACCUAAAAGCUUUCCAGAAGUUGCCAGCUCUCUAUGGAAAUCCUCCUCCAGAGCUCAUUGGGGAACCCCUGGAGGAUCUCGACCCAUACUACAAAGAUCAUAAGAUUUUCAUAGUGCUAAACAAGCAGAAAACAAUCUACAGAUUUACUGCUACACGUGCCCUGUGGAUCUUCAGUCCCUUCCAUCCAAUACGAAGAAGAGCAAUUAAAAUUUUAGUACAUUCAUUGUUCACCUGGUUUAUCAUGUGCACCAUUAUAACUAAUUGUGCAUUCAUGGCUCUGACUGAGUCACCCAAGUCUUCAUCAUCUUCAUGGAACACAUAUGUUGAAUUUACUUUCACUGGCAUUUACACUUUUGAAUCAUUGAUAAAAAUACUGGCAACAGGAUUCUGCCUAAAUGAGUUCACUUUCCUUCGGGAUCCCUGGAACUGGUUGGAUUUCACCGUCAUCGUCAUGGCGUACGUGGGAGCAUUUAGUGACUUGGGGAGUGUGUCAGUCCUCAGGACUUUCAGGGUUCUCAGAGCUUUAAAAACCAUUUCAGUAGUCCCAGGGCUCAAGAUCAUUGUAGGGGCACUUAUCCAGUCUGUCAAGAAACUUGCUAAUGUGAUGAUCCUGACUGUUUUCUGCCUGAGUGUUUUUGCCCUCAUAGGCCUCCAGCUUUUUAAGGGCAAUCUCAGGCAAAAGUGUAUCAGGAACACUACAGAGUUUUGUAAUAAAACAUGGGAAAGUUAUGAAAAGUUUGCUAAUGAUUCAGAUGACUUUGCUAGGAAAAAUGGUACUGUGGAUAUUUUGCUGUGUGGUCCUGGUGCUGGGGACUGUCCUCCUGGCUAUAAAUGCUGUAAGAUUGGGCCAAAUCCCGAUUAUGGUUUCACCAGUUUUGAUACAUUUGGCUGGGCUUUUCUCUCCUUAUUCCGCCUGAUGACCCAGGACUGCUGGGAGCGUCUGUACCAACAGACCCUCAGAGCUUCGGGGAAGGUGUAUGUAGUCUUCUUCAUGAUGGUCAUCUUUCUGGGCUCAUUUUAUCUAGUCAACUUGAUUCUGGCUGUAGUAACAAUGGCCUACGAGGACCAGAACAAGGCCACCAUUGCUGAAACUGAGGCAAGGGAAAGGAAAUUUCGGGAAGCUAUGGAAUUACUGCAGAAGGAGCAAGAGUCAUUGGGUAUUAAAGGGAUUGAUAUCCUGUCCGUUGGCUCCUUUGAAGCCCCUUCUCUGUCACCCAAAGAAAUCAAAGAAAGGAGCAAUAGGAAAAAGAAAAAUAAGUCAUUGGGGAGAGAAGAUAAUGAAGAAGAAGAAGAAGAACUCUCCAAGUCACAGCUCCCAGACAGUCAACGAAAACUGUCUCUGCUGGGCCUGGCACACCGCCCCAACGCCAAGCGCCGGCUGAGCCACGGGAGCGUCUUCACCUUCCAGAUCCCCUCCGCGGAGCUGGAUCCCGGCGCCGAGGACACUGGGGGGCACAAACCCCGGUGCCAGUCGCUGUCGGGAGCACAGACGGGGAGACGGGCCAGCCUGCAGAGCCAGCGGGGGCACAGCUCCCACCCCGCCACCCCCAGCUGCGCGCGGAGCGGCAAGGGCGGCAGCGCGGACGAGCACCUGGGGGUGGGUUUGGGGCUGGGGGCAGCGAGCAGCAGGGUGCACAGCCAAGAUCCCGUGUCCUCUGAAGGAGCAGUGCUUCCACCAGUCAUGGAAGACUUGGGAAAGGGGGGCCUGCCAGCUGUGCACGAUGAGAGCAGCAUGAUGCAUUUACCUCCUCAUCUGUCAGCGGAGUACUUUAAUGAGGCUCUUCAGAGACAAAGGGCAGCAAGUGUAGUCAGCAUAAUUACCAGUGUCUUGGAGGAACACGAAGGAGCUCAGCAGAAAUGCCCACCACGCCUGAAGAACUUUGCUUUAAAGUAUCUAAUUUGGGACUGUUGCCCAGUUUGGUUGAGAAUCAAGGAAAAAGUGGCUGCUUUUAUAAAGGAUCCUUUUUUUGAUCUCACCAUCACGGUUUGCAUUGUGAUGAACACCUUGUUCAUGGCGCUGGAGCACAAUAAUAUGUCACCUACUUUUAAAUUCAUGCUCAAAAUAGGCAACUUGGUUUUUACGGGAAUCUUCAUUGCAGAAAUGAUCUUAAAAAUCAUCGCUCUAGAUCCCUAUUACUAUUUUCAGCAGCCCUGGAAUAUUUUUGACAGUGUCAUUGUCACACUGAGUUUAAUUGAACUGAGUUUCCCCAAACACAAAAGCAAGAAGGAAAGGAGAAAAGGAGGAACCCUGUCAGUUUUACGAUCCUUCAGACUGCUGAGGGUCUUCAAACUGGCAAAGUCCUGGCCAACUUUAAACACUCUAAUUAAAAUAAUUUGUAACUCCCUGGGAGCACUGAGUAAUCUGACCCUCGUCCUGGCUAUCAUCAUUUUCAUUUUUGCUAUAGUAGGGGUGCAACUUUUUGGGAGAAAUUAUGCGCUCAACUGCACUAAAAUAGCCAAAGACUGCAAGCCACGCUGGCACAUGAAGGACUUUUUCCAUUCAUUCCUCGUCAUUUUCCGAAUUCUGUGUGGAGAGUGGAUUGAGACCAUGUGGGACUGCAUGGUGGUUGCUGAGCCAUCACUGUGUCUUGUUGUCUUUCUGCUGGUCAUGGUGAUUGGAAAUUUAGUGGUUCUCAACCUUUUCAUUGCGCUGCUGCUGAGUUCUUUUAGUGCUGACAGUCUCCAGACAACAGAGGAUGACGGGGAGAUGAACAAUCUCCGGAUCGCCUUCGCUCGGAUCCGCGCGGGGUUCCGCUUGGCCAAGAGCGCCACGUGGGACGCCUGCUGCAGGCAGCUCAGGCAGAUAAAGAAAGUGCACAGGAAGAAAAUCAAACUGACUGCACAGAACUCAUUUGGGGUCAAGCCUGGAGAGACAGAAAGUUAUAAAGAGAAUUGGAAUAAUGAAAGGAUUGAGAAAAACAGGGACAAAUGCCCAGGUCUUGAAGAUUUUGUUAGGCACCCCAACGUAUUUGUUUGUGUCCCUAUUGCUGAGGCAGAGAAUACAAGUGAGGGUUUUGAAGAUGAUGAGAAACUGAGCACAUUUACUGACACAGAAUGCAGCAAACAGUUGGACAUUAUCAGCUCUUCUGCAGUCAGCACAGUGGAUCUGACAAAUCCUGAAGAUGUUUUAAAACAGAUUCCAGAAUUUUCUGAAGACUUCAAGUCUCCAGAACAAUGUUUUCCAGAAGGCUGUGCUCGGUACUUUCCUUGUUGCCUGGGCAGUGCUGCCAACUUUGGAGGAGAAACCUGGUGGAAUCUGAGAAAAACCUGCUACCAGAUUGUUGAACAUUCUUGGUUUGAAUCCUUCAUCGUGUUCAUGAUUCUCCUGAGCAGUGGAGCCCUGGCAUUUGAAGACAUCCAUAUACAUAAAAGAGAAAGAAUUCAAGCAGUACUGUUAUUUCUUGACAAAAUGUUCACUUUCAUUUUUGUUCUGGAGAUGCUCCUGAAGUGGGUGGCUUAUGGCUUCAAGAAGUAUUUCACCAAUGCCUGGUGCUGGUUGGACUUCCUUAUUGUAGGAGUGAGUUCUGUCUCUUUGAUAAACCUCUUUGGCAGUAACUUUGGCCCCAUGAAAUCUCUCAGGACUCUGCGAGCUCUGAGACCCUUGAGGGCACUGUCACGGUUUGAGGGAAUGAGGGUUGUGGUCAAUGCCCUUCUGGGAGCCAUCCCUUCCAUCAUGAAUGUUCUGCUCGUCUGCCUCAUCUUCUGGCUCAUCUUCAGCAUCAUGGGAGUGAACCUCUUUGCUGGGAAAUUUGGGAAAUGUGUCAACAUGACAGACGAAAAUUCCGAAAUAAGCACCGAGAUCAAGAACAAAACAGACUGUGAGACGUACAACAACACUGGAAAAAUAUUCUGGGUCAACGUUAAGGUCAAUUUUGAUAAUGUUGGCUCUGGCUACCUGGCUCUUCUUCAGGUGGCAACAUUUAAGGGUUGGAUGGACAUCAUGUAUGCAGCAGUGGAUUCACGAGAGAAAGAUGAUCAGCCAGAUAUGGAGAACAAUCUGUAUAUGUAUAUCUACUUUGUGGUCUUCAUCAUCUUUGGAUCUUUUUUCACCCUGAACCUCUUUGUUGGUGUGAUCAUUGACAACUUCAACCAGCAAAAGAAAAAGAUAAGUGGGGAAGAUAUUUUUAUGACAGAAGAACAGAAAAAAUACUACAACGCAAUGAAAAAGUUGGGAUCCAAGAAACCUCAAAAACCCACUCCAAGACCCUUGAACAGAUACCAAGGUUUCCUUUUUGACAUUGUAACAUCCCAAGUGUUUGAUAUUGUCAUCAUGGGUCUCAUCUGCCUCAACAUGAUCACGAUGAUGGUGGAAACAUAUGAGCAAAGUGAAACAAAGACAAACGUCCUCAGCAAAAUCAAUAUACUCUUUGUCACCAUCUUUACUGCAGAAUGUGUGCUGAAAUUGCUGGCUCUGAGGCAGUACUAUUUCUCAAAUGCCUGGAACAUAUUUGAUUUAGUUGUUGUUAUUAUGUCACUUGUUGCCUUACUGCUUUCCAGCAUUGGCAAAGCCUUUGAACAUUUCUUACCACCCACACUCUUCAGAGUCAUUCGCUUGGCUCGGAUUGGCCGGAUCCUGAGACUCAUCCGGGGAGCCAAAGGAAUUCGAACUCUGCUCUUUGCCUUAAUGAUGUCCCUGCCUGCUCUGUUCAACAUUGGCCUCUUGCUGUUUCUGGUCAUGUUCAUUUAUGCCAUUUUUGGCAUGGCUAACUUUGCCUAUGUGAAGAUGGAAGGUGGCAUUGAUGAUAUGUUCAACUUCCAAACCUUUGCUAACAGCAUGCUCUGUCUCUUCCAAAUCACCACGUCAGCUGGCUGGGAUGGUCUUCUCAGUCCUAUUUUAAACACUGGGCCACCAUUCUGUGAUCCAAACAUAAAUGGUACCAUAGGUGAAUGUGGAAAACCUGCCAUAGGUAUUAUUUAUUUUGUAAGUUACAUCAUUAUAUCGUUUCUCAUUGUUGUAAACAUGUAUAUAGCCGUUAUUCUGGAAAACUUCAAUGCUGCCACUGAGGAAAGUGCAGAGCCUUUAGGGGAAGAUGACUUUGAUAUCUUUUAUGAAAUCUGGGAGAAGUUUGAUCCUGAGGCAACUCAGUUCAUAACUGUCUCUGCACUUUCAGACUUUGCAGAUGCUCUGCCUAAGCCUCUGUGUGUACCAAAACCAAACAAAGUUGAACUCAAAGCAAUGGACCUGCCUGUGGUCAGUGGGGACAAGAUCCACUGCUUGGAUAUCUUGUUUGCUUUCACCAAGAGGGUGCUGGGAGAUUCUGGUGACCUGGAUACUCUGAAAGUACAAAUGGAGGAGAAAUUCAUGGCUGCCAACCCAUCAAAACAAUCCUACGAGCCAAUUUCCACCACGCUCAGCCACAGGCAAGAGGAAGCGUCGGCCGCGGUGAUCCAGCGUGCCUACAGGAGCCACCUGCUCCAGCGCUCCCUCCGGCAGGCUUCCUACCUGUACCAGCACAGAACUCGCAGCUCUGACACCCUGGGAGAUGCUCCAGAAAAGGAGGGACUCAUUGCAUCUAUGCUGAGUGCAAAUUAUGGCAGGAGUCCCAACAGGUCUGAAACUUCGUCCUCAGUGUCCAUCCCCCCUUCGUAUGACAGUGUCACGAGAGAGAGUAGUGGCAAUCUCGUGGUUGAGAAUGGAGAAAUAAUGGGCAAUCAGCAAUCUCCAGACACUAAGUAGUUCAUUGGUGACAAAGCUGUUAAGAAUAUUUUUAAAUUUUCACAGAAGAUGAUAUUGUAAAUACGUGUCAGUGGAGGCAGCCUCCCUCUGAAACCAGGUCUGUUGAUGGUGAUCAGUUAAUUAUGGCAGCUGAGAAUCGUGGCUUUUGGCUCUGCUGUGUUUGGUUUUCUUCAGUAUUUACCUAUUCAGAGAAAGGUUUUGGAUCUGUUUGAUCAAUAGUAUCUCACUGCAAAGCAGGUCCCAGAGUACCUGGGUGCUGUGACGUUCACAGCAGUGACAGGCAACCUCAGCUGAUAUUUCCCCUGUACAGGAUGCACAGAAAAGUCCAAGCACCAAUGGAUCAGCUGGAGAAUAGAAAAUGAAUUUAAUAUGAGUGUAAAUUGAGGAAUGGAAAAGAGCUAAAAUUUAUUCCAUUCCUAAUUGAUAUUAUCAUUAUAAACCUGUUUAGCAGAUCACUGAUGAUUUUUUAAUUUGUUUUUUUUUAUGUUUGGGGACAGAUGUGCCACAAACAUAGACCCUGCAUGAUCCACACAUAUUCCACAGUGUAGUGGACUUCUUCCCAUAUGGUUGAUUUACAGAAUAAACCAUGGCAUGUAUAUUAUCAUAGUUGUGUUACUGAAGUUUAAUGAAAUAAUAAAUACAACUCUUAGUAUUACAGAAGUCAUACCGAGCAGAGCAAACUCUUGCUUUAUAUUUUGCCUGUGAGGAUUUUUUUUACCUGGUUUCCUCUGGCAGUGAGGUGAAGAUAGCUGUACCAUCAGUUACUCCAUAAAAAUUUGUGUUUAUUGCAUACUUUCCUCAAAUUUCUUUUAAUGGUUGA